UUUCAGGCUGAGUGUUUUGGUCUUGGAUUUCACCCCAAGCUUGGCUGCAGUCACAUGGAGAGCCUGGGGAGCUUGCUUAAGGUCGUGUUGAUCAUGGACAGUGAAGAAAUCCCUACUUUUUCGAGUCCAAAGGAGGAAACUGCCUAUUGGAAAGAGCUUUCCUUGAAGUACAAGCAAAGCUUCCAGGAGGCUCGUGAAGAGCUGGCUGAGUUCCAGGAGGGAAGCAGGGAAUUAGAAGCUGAGUUAGAGGCACAGCUCGUGCAAGCUGAGCAGAGGAACAGAGACUUGCAAGCAGAUAACCAAAGACUGAAAUAUGAAGUGGAAACUUUAAAGGAGAAACUGGAGCACCAGUAUGCCCAGAGUUACAAGCAGGUGUCGUUGUUGGAGGAUGACCUGAGCCAGACCAGGGCCAUCAAAGACCAGCUGCACAAAUACGUGAGGGAGCUGGAGCAGGCCAACGAUGACCUGGAACGUGCCAAGAGGGCAACAAUAGUUUCAUUGGAGGACUUUGAACAAAGGCUGAACCAAGCUAUUGAGAGAAAUGCAUUUUUAGAAAGUGAACUGGAUGACAAGGAGUCAUUGCUGGUCUCUGUGCAGAGAUUAAAGGAUGAAGCAAGAGACCUGCGGCAGGAGCUGGCUGUGAGGGAAAGGCAGCAGGAGGUGACACGGAAAUCAGCACCCAGCUCCCCCACUCUGGACUGUGAGAAGAUGGACUCAGCUGUCCAGGCCUCUCUCUCCUUGCCAGCCACACCUGUUGGAAAAGGAUCAGAAAAUAGUUUUCCCUCCCCAAAAGCUAUACCAAAUGGGUUUGGAACCAGCCCACUCACUCCUUCAGCUCGAAUAUCUGCACUCAACAUCGUGGGAGAUCUGCUACGCAAAGUGGGGGCCUUAGAAUCCAAAUUAGCUGCUUGCAGGAACUUUGCAAAGGACCAGGCAUCACGGAAAUCCUACAUUUCAGGGAACGUCAGCAGCGCCGUGCUGAGCAGCAACGGCACCAAGUACCCACACCCAGGGCACACGUCCUUCUUUGACAAGGGGCGUGAGAAGGUCAUGUUCCCCACCUUGGUCAUGGGGCCGUGAAUGGCUUUGACCAAGGGCCCCCCGGCCUGGGGGGCUCCCGCCCGUCCUCGGCGCCGGGAAUGCUCCCCCUGAGCGUAUGAGCCCCCGGGGCUUGGACUUGGAUGCUUUUCUCAGCCCACCUCGAGAAGAACUGCUCCUGAUUCCUCCCCAUUGCCACCCCAUUGCUGGAACAUGGCCCUGAGAGGAGAGCCCGAGCCCUCCAUGUCCUGUCAAUACAGUUUGUUUUCUGCUCUCGCUGUAGUGGACGUUCUGUGCCCCGGCCCCACCAGCUGCCACCUCUGCUGUGCUUGGGGACACUGAGUCCUGCUGUGCUUGGGGACACCGAGUCCUGCUCUGUCUGGGGGCCAGGCCCAGCUCGCCCCCUUGGCUUUCCCUCUCCUCUCACUUAGGUCUGACAGAGCCUUGUCCCCUCCUCUGCCAGGCUCCCCUGCCCUGUGCCCUGCCAGGCCCUGCAGCUGCUGCUCUCAGACCUCGUGGAAGUGCCCUGGGGUGCCAGUGGUGGCCCUGGGGCCGUUGGCACUCGGGAUCAGCCCCAGGCGCUGUCUCAGGAGCAGCUGCAGCCGGGGCAGUCAGAGCAGGGCUGGGUGAGCAGCUCCAGCCUGGCCAGGCCGGCUCCAUGCCCAGGCUCUGUGCUCAUCCCAGCCCUCCCUCCAGCUGGGCCUGGCACGGCUGGGCUGUUCUCCCUGGAGCAGGGGGGGCAGUGCCAGGGGCUGUGCCCUCAGGAGUGCCCAGGGCUGCCCCACAGCUGCCUGGCCCUGCUGGCCUCCGUCCCUCACCCAUGGGAGUUUAGGGAGCUGCUGUUCCCCUGGCCCCAGGAGCCCCUGCCAUCACCCCGUGCUGUAGGACUGGACUGUGCAGCCUCACCUGAGGGCUGCUCUGACGCUUUGGGGCGACUGAACCUUGUGGGUCUUUCAGGCAACACAUUUGUGUGGUUUCUCUGUCCAUGUGCCUCAGAGUCAGUGGAUUUUUAUUCUGAUCCAGCAAAUGGAGCCAGGGUUGGAGCUGAGGGUUCAGCAGUCGUUGGUCAGGGGCUCUGCAGCUCCCAGGUGGUUGAGUUACAGAUGCUGAGAAAAAAAACCCCACUGGCCCAGCAGUGGAGGUGGGAUUGUCCCUUUGCCAUUAGGGUUUGUAUGGUCCUUCCUUCCUGUGCAUCCUCUGCUGCAUUUGACUGUUUACAUUUGUUUUAUUGUACAUAGAUUUGUAAACAUAAUACCUUUGCCUGAGGUCUUUGUACAUAACUUGGGCUUUGUAGCUUUAUUUAUUCAGCCUCUCUCUGGCAUGUUUCCAUAGGAUGUACCGUUCCACCCUGGUGCCACUGACAUGAUGUGGUUUCAAAAGAAUGAAAACAAAUGAGAGUAAUCUUCCAAAAAUAAAGUUCUUUUAAUGUGGAAUCAGUGGAUUUUGCAGAA